AAAUACACCUCCACGGGCAGAAGAGUUCGUCUCACCUGCCGGAAGUUUCCCAAGUCAAACUUCCUUUUAGAGCCAUCGAAAGCAGAACAAACACAGCAUAAUGCCAACAGAAGCAGUAGAGAAGCCUAUUGAUGACACAAAGCCCGAGGAGGCUUCUGGAUCAGGCACCGAAUCCGACAGUGAUGAUGAAGUCCCUGAUUUGGAAGAUGGAGAUAUUCAGCAACAGAGCCAGGUGGCUGCAGCAGCUGGUAUCCCCGAGGAGCUGGUCAGUAAAGCUAAACAGAGUCGCAGCGAAAAGAAGGCGAGGAAAGCCAUGUCUAAGCUAGGUUUGAAACAGAUACAAGGUGUGACUCGCGUCACAAUCAGAAAAUCCAAGAACAUCUUGUUUGUCAUCAACCGACCAGAUGUCUAUAAAAGUCCGGCUUCAGAUACCUUCAUUGUGUUCGGUGAGGCAAAGAUUGAAGAUCUGAGUCAACAAGCCCAGAUGGCUGCAGCAGAGAAAUUCAAGACCCCAGAGAACCCCGCAGGUGUGGGAGGAGAGGUGUCCAGUACAGUAUCACAACCUAUCCCUGAGGAAUCCGAGGAUGAGGGAGAGGUGGAUGAGUCUGGUGUAGAAAGUAAGGACAUUGAACUUGUCAUGUCACAAGCCAACGUUUCCCGAUCUAAAGCUGUCAAGGCGCUCCGGAACAAUAAUAAUGACAUUGUCAACGCGAUUAUGGAGCUGACAAUGUAGUGAAUUACCCCCCUGUUUUCUCUAUUGUGAUAUGUAUGUAUGUUUACUCUCCAAAAAUAAAAAAAAAUUAUCCACAA